UUCGGUUCUGUGCGGCAGUAAGACAAGUUUCUACCUCCGAGACUAAGCACUUUUUUUCAAGUACCUGAUUUAGGCUCGAGUUUUCUACCUGUGUCCUGAAUUUGUAGGGAUUUCCUGAUCUCUCCGUUUUCACAACCCUUAGGGAAAAUGUCUAUCGAUCUAAGAUUAAAUUCCACCUGGCCCAGGGGUCCUCGUUUGAAAAGCAGGAAGCUGGGAAUCUCAUUGUAAGGGUUUCCUGGGCCUCGCAGGAGCCGUUGCUUCAGCCUCUCAGCCUACUCUGAUGCUGUCUCUUUCUGGAUGAAGGGUCUCUAUUUCGGCCUUUUUAAGAGUUCCUAGUUUGACUAAACAGAUUGAUUCACUCUCCCAUGAUGAAUGGUUUGCGUCUGGGGCUUGUCCUAGGCACCCCCACCCCCAGCACCUUUGGUUGCUGGAAGGAAGACAGGAUGGAUCGGAUGCAGAGAAAAUGCCUUCUCCAUGUGGCUGUGAUGGGUGCUCUUCUGGCUGUGGGGACCACAGAAGGACCCAAGGACUGGGACUGGCUUGCUGUCUCGAGGCAGCUCAGAACUAAAGCCUGGAACAGGGAGCUAUAUCCAGAGUGGACAGAAAUACAGGGGCCUGACUGCUGGAGAGGUGGCCCUGUGGCCCUGAAGGUCAGUAAUGAUGGGCCUACGCUGGUCGGGGCAAAUGCCUCCUUCUCUAUUACCCUGCACUUCCCUGAAAGCCAAAAAGUGCUGCCAGACGGGCAGGUCAUCUGGGCCAAUGACACUGUCAUCAAUGGAAGCCAGGUGUGGAUAGGACAGCCAGUGUAUCCCCAGGAACCUGAGGAUACCUGCAUCUUCCCUGAUGGGGAAGCCUGCCCAUCUGACCCUUGGUCUCGGAGGAGAAGAUUUGUUUAUGUCUGGAAGACCUGGGGCCAAUACUGGCAAAUUCUGGGAGGCCCGGUGUCUGGGCUGAGCAUUGAGACAGGCACAGCAGCGAUGGGCACACACACCAUGGAAGUGACAGUCUACCACCGCCGGGGAUCCCAGAGCUAUGUGCCCCUUGCCCACUCCAGCUCCGCCUUCAUUAUUACUGAUCAGGUGCCCUUCUCUGUGAGCGUGUCCCAGAUGCAGGCCUUGGAUGGAGGGAACAAGCGCUUCCUGAGAAAUCAACCUCUGAUCUUUGCCCUCCAGCUCCAUGACCCCAGUGGAUAUUUGUCUGGGGCUGACCUCUCCUACACCUGGGACUUUGGAGACAGCACUGGGACCCUGAUCUCUCGGGCACUUGUGGUCUCUCACACUUACCUAGAGUCUGGCCCAGUCACUGCCCGGGUGGUACUUCAGGCUGCCAUUCCUCUCACCUCCUGUGGUUCCUCCCCAAUUCCAGGCACCACAGAUGGGCUAGUGCCUACAGCAGAAGUCGUAGGUACUACACCUGGUCAGGUUCCAACUGCAGAACCCUCUGGAUCCACAGCUGUGCAGGUGCUAACCACAGAGGUCAUAGGCACUACAUCUGUGCAAGUGCCAACUGCAGAAGGCAUAGGUACUACACCUGAGCAGGUGCCAACCUCAGAGGUCAUAGGUACCACACUUGCAGAGAUGCCAGCUGCAGAGGUCACAGGGACACCUGAAGUGUCAACUGCAGAGCCCUCUGAAACCACAGUUGCACAGGUAACAACUACAGAGUUGAUGGAGACCACAGCGGGAGAGGUAUCCACACCUGAGCCUGAGGGUCCAGAUGCCAGCCCAUUCAUGCCUACAGAAGGUAUUACAGGCUCCCAGAGCCCCCUGCUGAAUGGCACAGACACCUUAAUGCUGGUAAAGCGACAGGUCCCCUUUGAUUGUGUUCUGUAUCGAUACGGCUCCUUUUCCGUCACCUUGGACAUCAUCCAGGGUAUUGAGAAUGCUGAGAUCCUGCAGGCUGUGCCAUCCAGCAAAGGGGAUGCAUUUGAAUUGACUGUGUCUUGCCAAGGCGGGCUACCCAAGGAAGCCUGUAUGGACAUCUCAUCGCCAGGGUGUCAGCCCCCUGCCCAGCGGCUGUGUCAGCCUGUGGCACCCAGCCCAGCCUGCCAGCUGGUUCUGCACCAGGUACUAAAUGGUGGCUCGGGGACCUACUGCCUCAAUGUGUCUUUGGCUGAUGCCAACAGCCUGGCAAUGGUCAGCACCCAGCUUGUCAUGCCUGGUCAAGAAGCAGGCCUUGGGCAGGCUCCCCUGUUCAUGGGCGUCUUGCUGGUAUUGAUGGCUGUGGUGCUUGCAUCUCUGAUAUAUAGGCGCAGACUUAUGAAGCAGGGCUCAUCUAUCUUCCUUCCCCAGCUGCCACAUGGCAGCACCCACUGGCUGCGUCUGCCCCGGGUCUUCCGCUCUUGCUCCGUUGGUGAGAGCAGCCCCCUCCUUAGUGUGCAGCAGCAGGUCUGAGUACUCUCAUGUGAUGCCAUGAUUUACCCAAGGUGGAUGACAAUGUCUGUUCUUUUCUCCAGUCUCCCCUUAGAGAUGCCCACUACCUGAAAUAAAUACUCAGAACCUGGUGCUGUUUU